CUCUGUGCUCCCCCUAGCGAAGCCAAGUGAUGAAGUGAAGCACAGAAUACCAAAAGUUCUUUGUGUUUGUCAAAAGUCUGUGGUUCUUUCUGACGGAUGGAAACCAAAACAAUUAUUUGUUUUCAUGACCAAAACCUUUAAUUUUCAAACAAUUAGUAGAAUUUCUAAUAAUUUAAUGUCGUGUAAUGGUAAUAAUUCUCUAAAUAGGAAGAUUAUUAAUAUAAAAUAUAUGGGAAAAAUGUCUGUGUCCGAUCAAAAUUCUAACCAAAGUACAUCGGAAAGAAAAGAAGACCGACCGAAGCUGAAAAUUCUAGCUUUUCAUGGUUACAGACAAAACGGUGCAUUAUUUCGAGGGAAAAUCGGAUCAUUCCGUAAAGCUGUAUCAAAGUAUGCCCAAUUAACAUUUAUAUCUGCCCCACACAAAGUAUUUAAUGAAGAAGGUGGUGGAGAUGAAGAUCACAGGUCAUGGUGGUUCAAUGCCGAGGACAACACAUUCAGUGGCAAAUGUCUCGGUGGUCCAGCCAUUGGUUUCGAGGCGACAUUACGUUUAGUGGAGAAGAUAGUACAAGAGCAUGGCCCAUUUGAUGGGUUCAUGGGUUUUUCACAAGGAGCAUGCUUAGUAGGCCUCUUAGCUGCUAUGCAGCAAAAAGGAUAUCUACCAUAUACAUUUAAGUUUGCAAUAUUUGCAUCUGGCUUCCGUUCAGGGAGCUUAGUCCAUAAAGGAUUUUAUGAUGAAGAAAUUGAAUUACCAUCACUUCAUGUUUAUGGUGAAAGUGAUUCUAUAAUUCCUAAAGAAAUGAGCGAAUCACUAAUAAGUUUAUUUGUCAAGCCUAUUGUAGCAGAGCAUUCUGGGGGGCAUUAUGUGGCAUGUUCAGGAGCUAUCAAAGAUGCCUACCUUGAUUUUCUGCAUGACAAGCACCAAGACUUACUAGAUGAACAGAAUAAAAAAGGAAAAAAUAAUAUUUCCCAACAGUCAUCAGAAAUGCAAAGUAUUGUUUCCAUAUUUAAAAUCCCUAUUAAAUAUAUUGAAAAACCAUGCGAUAAGAAGCCUUACUGGAUAGUUGAGUUGCCAACAGAAGAAUACGCAAUGAAGAUAGCCUCACGAUCAGUUCUUAUCAAAAAUUGUAUAGAACUGUGGUCAACAACAAAAUCUGUUAGUCAACUGCACCUGAACUUAAGGAAUGCUUUGUUAAACACAAGUGGACAAUGGAUUGUUCAAAAAAGCUCUGAAACAGGAACAAGUGAACACAUAUGUCCGUACUCAUUAAUAGAAACUUGCUGUCCAGCAAGUAAAUCUUUCAAAAUAGAAGUGGAGACUUUCUGUAAACAUUAUACAAUGAAAGAGAAGGUUGACAAGAUUGAGACAUUUAGCUAUUUACCAUUGAAGGGGCCUGUAAAAUUAAAGAAUCCAGAUGUCACCUUGUCUUAUUUAGAGUUUUAUGGUGUGGAUCCAAACAAUGUUCCCAAUGAGCCAUAUGAAGUAUUUUUUGGUAGAUGGGUAGCAGAUGGACAACGGGAUGUCAUUCAGUACCAUUCAUUGAAGAAGCGGCAGUUCAUUGGCAACACCAGUAUGGAUGCGCAGCUGGCAUUGAUAAUGGCGAACCAGGCACGUGUGACGUCCGGAGACUUGGUGCUUGACCCAUUUGUAGGGUCUGGCUCAUUAUUAGUUGCUGCAGCUCACUUUGGUGGGUACGUGUGGGGAUCCGACAUUGAUUUUAUGAUGCUCCACGCUCGAACGCGCCCAACGCGCGCUCGAGCCAAAGACGAAAGUAUUCGCGGCAACAUGCGCCAGUACGGCACCGAGUGCCGCUACCUCGACGCUGUAGUGAGCGAUUUCUCGCUGCCCAUGUGGAGACAGGGUGUGCAGUUUGACGCCAUCAUCACUGACCCACCGUAUGGAGUCCGCGAACCGACAGAGAAGAUAGGUAUAGAAAAAGACAACUAUACCCUCUCGGUGCAGCACCUGGUGAAUCACAUCCCGUCCAAAGUGGAGUACGGGCUGCCGCAGUUGUACGGAGACUUAUUGGAGUUCGCAGCCAAGCAUCUGAGGAAAGGGAAGCGGCUGGUCUGCUGGUAUCCCAUGGUUAGGGAUGAGUACGAUCCCCUAGAUCUUCCGUCCCACCCGUGCCUCGAACUGGUGGCUAAUUCGGAACAACCUCUCUCUCGCCUCACGUGCCGUAGACUGCUGACGUACGAGAAACGACAUGAUUAUAUCGACGCGCAACCCGAUGCUAACGCCGGCACGCAUAACUUUAGAGAAAAGUAUUUCGCUUUGGGAGAAAUCACACGACGAGAGAAGAAAGAGAGGCGAGCCGAGGAAAUGGCUCGAGCCGCGUUCUAUAAAUCGAAAAACGGUGUUACGUGACUGAUAAUACCUUUAUUAACAGAAAUAUACAAUAAUUGUUCUAUUUAUUCUAAUGCCACCACUUCGCAUGGCUAUUCGUGUUUGCUAUUUGUCACUUCGACAGUAGGUAGUCCCUAUACUAUUACCAUAGAGGUAUAAGAAUAGAGUAGGGGAGAUAUAGACUCUACUACAAGUGGAAGUGUCAAUCUAAUAAGUUAAGGUCAAGUUUAUAAACAUCAAAUACGUACGAAUAGCCACGUGAAGUUGUAGCAUAAGGAAAACAAGAUAAUAAGUGCUACAUAUAGAAAUACGAAUCGUAAAACAUAAUGCCCAGAGGCCGUAUUAUGAACUGUGAACAGAAAAGUUAUGUUAGAGCGAGACAAACAUACAUACGGUAGAGCAGCGUCCUGCUUCAACUGUUUCUGUCUGGCGUUUAAAGCUCAUAAUACGGACCCGAGCUAAAAUAAAUGCUCUUUUUAACAUGUAUGUACUUAUAUAAUAACAAUAAAUAAACGUGUACGGAGUAAUUAUUUUGGAAAUACACGGUACAAAGGUAACAAAAAAGUUUUUUUUUUAAACCUGUACCCCUUUAUUAAUGAACGAAAACUAAGCUCGGAUUAGUUACUCCAUAAUGUGUCUGUGUUCAUUGAAUGACAAAUGCCAUUUGAGUGACAUGAAUAAAACAUGGCGUAACUUGCCUAAGUUUAUUCCUUGUUUAUUAAUAAGGGGAUAACAGUGUAUCCUUGUCAUUUUCUAUACAGAAUAAAAAGGAGAGACUGAUGUUGAAUUUAAUUUGAAUUUUAGGAAACGAUUCCAGCCAGAAUUAACAUCAUUCUAUGGAUUAAUUAAAAUGUUCUUUCGAUUAGUUCGCGUCAAAAACUUCAUACAUCACGUCACAGUGGCACCAACUGCUUCCUUUAAUGUUCCUUAACACCCUUACUGUAAGAAUCGUAUACUGCAAAAGUGACGUCAUAUGUUAAUUUUUGGUGUUAGUAUAUUUUAUUUAUUUAAUCUUUUUACACUGCAAACGGCGACUUAAUGCCAAUAUGGCAUUCUCUACCAGUCAACCGGAGAGAACAUACAGAGCUAAAAACACGGCUAUAUUUUUAUAAUUGCUAUAUUUCUACUCAGUGAUGGCUAGAUUGAGUAGCAUUUUGGUGAGUUUUAUUUUCUUUGUGGCGGUGCGUUUAGCCGCCUUGGUCUGCGUCCAUUGGCUGAGUUUCCAAGCUUCCUUGCGCUUGGCACUGUUCCCCGAAGACUUGUAGUGGUUCAAUAGAUUCGUCGUUG